AUGAUUAUUCAAACACUGCUCCUGCUCCCCCUCAUCUCGUGUGACUUCUCUCCCCAUUUCCGUAAAUUUCUUCAUGACAGUUAUGGAAUUGCCAUAACUGACAUGUUGGAGAGGACGGAUCUCGGGAUGGAUGCGUCGUUUGGAGGGAAAGAUAGUGCAGCGGAUGUUCCACGGAAUCAGGCAGUGAUUAUAGUGCACGGAAUCACUAAUAAGGCUUCCAGGUUUGCGGGCACCGCCGCAUUCCUAAAAUCGAAAGGAUACAAAAAUGCGGAAAUUUAUGGAACGACGUGGGGAGACGGUGGGGCGGCCGGUGGGAUUGGUGGAGAUGAAGUAGCGAUGAUAAUUGCAGUCCGACAGUAUACCGGACAACAGGUCGACGUGAUCGGCUACUCGAUGGGAGCGCCGUUGGCGAGAAAGGCGAUUUUGGGAGGACAGUGUGUUGAUACGAGAGAGAUUUUGGGUGCUCCUUUAACCGAACUGGUGGAUACAUUCCUCUCCGUUGCCGGUGCGAAUUACGGAAGUGUUUUGUGUAUUGUGCCGGUUCCUGUUGGCACGUGUAAUAAACGAAACGGCCUCCAUUGUGACUCGGAAUUCCUCAAUGACAUAAAUAACCAACAGCGAUACGAAGGGUCUCACACGUUCUCCAUAUUCUCGACUGCCGAUGAGAAAAUUGGAUUCCGUUCGUGUGGUCGACCAGUGUCUCCGAUCAGAGGAGGUACUGGAUUCGUGAAAAGAGACGGGUUGAAUCAUGACCAAUUGAUGGACACAACUCAUCCAUUACAGAGGAAUUUCAUACUGUAUCAUUCGCCGAAAGCGCCGAAACAUAAUCGAUAUUUGUUGUAA